CAGCCUUUCUAUUGGGCGCCGGUGACCUCGGGCGUGCGAGCAUUAGUCUGCGAGCAUUAGUAGAGGGCUUGUGUCGGAACCUCUCUGGGAGCCCAGAGGACUGUUUCAUCCGCCCCCGGGCGUUGGAGAAUGGUAUCGGUGGUAGUAAAAGAGCCCGCGCCUUCAUAAGCUGCCCUGCGCUUCUACCCUCCCUUCGCCUCCGCCCGGGUCGAUGAAAUGGUGCAGUCUCUCUUUAAGAUUAAAAUGGUGGCUUGCUAGGAUGAGGACUCCACUUCCGGUGGGGAGGGGGCGGGACCCCAGCCCGCUCACGCCGGAAGUGGUUCGGGUUCUCAAGAUGGCGACUCCCUAUGUAACUGACGAGACCGGCGCUACACCUAAGGAUUACUACAACCUGGACCUCAUCUGUGACACUACUUUCCUUUCAGGUCCUCAUUUGCCAGUCAGAGGACAACUUUUGGAGUUGGUGGUUCUUUCUGCUGUGUACUAUGGAGACCCAACUCAGGUUGUCAGUCUUGCAAGGCCAAGCAAGUACAUUGCCUCAACACAGAGACCCGACGGGACCUGGCGCAAGCAACGGAGGGUCAAAGAAGGAUACGUGCCCCAAGAGGAGGUCCCAGUCUAUGAAAACAAGUAUGUGAAGUUUUUCAAGAGCAAACCAGAACUUCCUCCAGGGCUGAGCCCUGAGGCCACGACACCCGUCACCCCAUGCAGACCCGAAGGUGGUGAAGCAGGCCUCUCCAAGACAGCCAAACGCAACCUGAAGCGAAAGGAGAAGAGGAGGCAGCAGCAGGAGAAGGAGGCGGAGGCCUUGAGCAGGACUCUUGAUAAGGUGUCUCUGGGAGACGCCGCCCAAACACCCAGCGCCCUCCAAGGCUCCCAGGCCUCCCCUCUAGCUGCCCCGGAUGCGUCCGACUCUGCUGCCACCACAGAGAAAGCCAAGAAGAUCAAGAGCCUAAGGAAGAAGCUGCGGCAGGUGGAGGAGCUGCAGCAGCGCAUCCAGGCUGGCGAGGUCAGCCAGCCCAGCAGAGAGCAGCUGGAGAAGCUGGCCCGGCGGAGGGCUCUGGAAGAGGAGCUGGAGGACUUGGAGCUGGGCCUGUGAGGUUUCAGGAGCAGGGGAGUGGACUGCAGAACAAACCAUGGGGUGCUCUGGGGUCCAGGGAGUGUGGGCCGCAGCAGUCAGGAGGGGCACCCCCAUACUGGCUCACUUCCACCUGUGGCCCAACUCCGUCCUCCAGAGCCCUAGGCUCUCCUUCAUUCCUUCCCCCUUUCUUCUCAGCUCCUAUUUUUGGACUUUCCCCCUCCCAUUCCCAGUGUUCAGGUUCUCAGUGACAACCCUAGGUACCUCUGCUGCUGAUCUGGGUGUCUUGUUGGAAAGAAAACCGGGGGGUGGGAGGCUGUUAGAGAUCUGAGAUUGAGGGUACAGGAGUACCCCAAGUCUUAGAGGCUUCGUUCCUGUUCGAAGUGUAUAUGAGUUAUUUCCCUGGCCAUCUUGAACCUCUUCUUCUUCUUCUUCUUCUUUUUUUUUUUUUUUUUUUUUUUUUUUUUUUU